AUGGACAGCAUGGAGAGGAGAAGAGAAACCCCAAGAAAGAGACAAGAAAGAGGAAUCAGAAACACAGGAAGAGAGGAGCUGCAGAAGCCAAGGAGGGAACGUGUCAAGAAGGAUAAAGUGAUCAACAGUGCAAAUGACCCAGGACAGCCCAGAGGACGCUUCCAGGCUGGACUUCCCUGGGUGCUGGGACCCGUGUGUGGGAUCCCCAAGUUCUCCCGGAAUCUGAUGGCCAGGAUCUUCAAUGGACGCCCAGCCCAGAAGGGCACCACCCCAUGGAUUGCCAUGCUGUCGCACCUGAAUGGGCAGCCCUUCUGCGGGGGCUCCCUUUUAGGCUCCAAAUGGAUUGUGACCGUGGCUCACUGCCUUCACCAACUGCUGGAUUCAGAGGAGGCAACCCUACAUGGCUUGGACUUGCUCAGCCCCUCUGCCUUCAAAAUCAUCAUGGGCAAGCAUUGGAGGUACCGGUCAGAUGAGAAUGAACAGAGUCUCAACGUCAAACAAAUCUUCCUCCAUCCCCUGUAUAACCCCAACACAUUUGAGAAUGACAUGGCUCUGGUGGAGCUGUUGAAGAGCCCGGUGCUAAAUGACUUUGUGAUGCCCAUCUGUCUGCCCCAGGGGCCAUCGCAGGAAGGGGCCAUGGUCAUCGUCAGUGGCUGGGGGAAGCAGUUCUUGCAAAGGUUCCCAGAGACCCUGAUGGAGAUCGAAAUCCCAGUUGUUGACCACCGCAUCUGCCAGGAGGCCUAUACCCCACUGAAGAGGAAAGUGACCAGAGACAUGAUCUGUGCUGGGGAGAAGGAAGGCGGGAAGGAUGCCUGUGCGGGUGACUCUGGAGGGCCCAUGGCGACCUUGGAUACAGAAAGAGGCCAAUGGUACCUAGUGGGCACGGUGUCCUGGGGUGUGGACUGCGGAAAGAAGGACCGUUACGGAGUGUAUUCCUACAUCUUCCACAACAAGGACUGGAUACAGAGGGUCACCGGAAUGAGGAAUUGA